AUGCACUUCAAAGCAGCGUGGGGGUUGAUUUUUCUUUUGAAUGUCGCUCAAUGUGUGGCAUUUAUGCAUCAUGGGGUAGUUAAGGAAUUUUUUAAAAAACGGUUUAUUAAUCAGGGAAUAGUGCUCACUUGUAGCAAUAAAGAAGAUAAAAUCAAACUUUCCAGACAGUUUUUCCAAACCAACUCCAACCUGAUGCUCUCCAUCCAUAACGUAAAUAAACCCGCCCCCCUGGACCAGUUCCUGAUUCGUCAUGGCAGAAUUGGAAUCGUCCUGGAUGAGAAUUGUCAUAACCUCACCCAACUAAUGACAUGGUUUGGACGGCACAGACUCUUCGACAUCAAAUACUACUGGCUGAUCAUAUCAUCCAAAAGCACCAACGUAAAAGACAUCUUUUCCCAAACCGAGCACAAUCUGGAUUCGAAUAUUUAUGUGGCCACCAACGCGAUCCAGAAAGAUUUCGAUUUGUUUGAGUUUUACAAUCCUGCUUCAAAGAAAGGGGGCCAAUCGAUUUUAAAUAGAAUUGGAGUGUUUAGGAAUGACACUGGAAUAGAGAUGUUUGAAGAUAAGCUUAUGAAUAAGUUUUGGCAUAGGAGGGAUUUGAAAGGGGUUCAGUUUAAGACUACUGUGGUGUUUCACGAGCCGUACUAUGGCACCCCCGAGGAGUACUUUCAAAAUUUGUCCCAUAAAGAGGUGAAUACUUACAACAGGUUUUUUGCCAGGCUAAUGUUGACUUGUCAGAAGCACUACCAGUUUAGUUAUAAAAUUGUUAACGUCACCACCCUAUUUGGCUAUAGAAACGAGGAUGGUACCAUGAACGGUUUGGUUGGUGACCUGGAAAGACGAAUAGUCGAUUUUGGGUUCUCACCACUUUACACAAGAUCUGACAGGGCGUCAGUUAUAACGUAUGGACGUACCAUUUAUCAUCUUACGGCGGCAUUUCUCUUUAUAAACCCAAAAUCUAAGGCAAUGUUCAAACUGUUUUUGAGGCCUCUGGAUACUACCGUAUGGUACUGUUUGUUGGGGUUUGUGGUGUUGAUCAGUAUGGUGAUUAAACUGAUUUCCACUCUUGAUAUGGUUCCUAAAGCCCUUUCCAGCUGGACCCAUUCGGUUUUGUGUGUUAUAGGGAUUUUUUCCUCUCAAGGUUCGAUAGUUAAAUAUGAGAAUUUAUCAGGGCGGAUCGCGUUGAUAUUUGCACUGAUUUUGGCCUUUUUGGGUGCUCAGGUUUACUCUGGAAGUUUGGUCUCGUCGUUGCUCAACGUGCCCCUAGAUACUCUGGAUAGUGUGGAGGAUUUAUUGGAUUCGAAGUUUAAAAUUGGGAUUGAAAACACGCGGUUUAAUAAGGAGUUUUUUAAAUUCACAGUAGAUAACGCCUCAAUAAAACUCCAUGAAACUUUAGUAGUCGGCAAAGAAAACGAAGUGUACCAAAACUAUUUAAUUGGCCUGAGACAAAUCGAAAAGGGCCGAUACGCUUUUCACGCAGAAUUGGCGAAAGCAUAUCGAUUCCUAAGGGCGACCCUUAAGCCAAACAAACUAUGCGAAAUCGGCGAAGUUGUCAUGUUUAAGGGGGCCCAGUGUCACGCUAAUUACGUCAAACAUUCGCCUUUCAGCAAUACUUUUGACGUGUGGUGAGUACAAACGCAGUCAAAAAUACCCUUUAACAAAUGUUUCUUUUUCUUAGUUUACAUCGUAUUGCUGAAUCCGGAGCCCUUGGUAAAGAAACCCGGAUUUGGAACGACCGAAAGCCCCAAUGUCAGCCCGAUUUUAAUAUUAAUACCGGGGUAGAUGAGAUUUAUCCGGUUUUACUUAUUAUGGUCGGUGGGAUAGGGUUCAGUGUGGUCAUAAUGGUUUUUGAAAUAGCCGCUUUUAAUUGGGCUAAGAAAUGAUCGGUGAUAUUUAGGGUAGUUUAGUGGAAAUAUAUGUAGAAGAAGCAUU